AUGUUUCAUUCUGUCUCAUUCGUGGCACUGUCUUUGGUCCUGUCAGGCUAUGCUCAAAGUCCUACGUAUUCGGCAACUUAUUUGCCUUCAAACGCUCCAUAUCAGAGCGAGCAAGGGCAGGCAGGCUACAACAACUGCACUACUGGCUACAAUCAGGCGUCGGAGUGCCAGAAUGCUUAUAUCAACACUGUUCAGGAUUGGUGUGUCUGGGCGCCUCCUCAGCCAGGCCCUGACUCGGUCAUCGGGAACACCGAGCAAAUCGAAGUAGCAUGGUGCAUGCAGAGUGGAUACGGAACACGACUGAUCCCGGACGGCUCCAUCACUGGUGCGCACGUCGUGGUCACUCCAGACUACAUUCAGGUCACAGGUGUUGGAAAUCUCACGAACAUCAACAUUCCCGCCGGCGACGCUGGCGGCGAGCUUGACCCCCACGGUGCAGAUGGCAACGGCAAUCCUGUCGGUGGCCUCGUGUUCUCUAGCGCAUUCGGCGCGUUGGAGCAAAUUCACGAGUGGACGAAUUUUGUGGCAGUUGAUCAGUUCUGCUUCCGCGCUUGCAAGCCCGCGGUGAAUGCGCCGACAAUGUGCCAGCAUAUCUAUGACGUCAUGGGGUGCGAGUGGAAUAUGCCUGGUAAUUAUUCUCCGGGGGUGUUUGAGCAGUGUUUGGGUGACUCGGCUGAGCCUAUGGGCGUCUAUGGGACGUCCACAUUUUACCAAGGGGAGCCUGUCACGCCACCUGCGCAUCCAAUACCCUCUUCUUCCAGCUGCACCUUCUUUAGCACAAUCAGUAACGGUCAGGGUGUUUUGAUCGGAGGGAUCACAUCCACAUCCAGCACGCCAACAUCAACUGUGGGUAUUAAUCACACUUCCCACUAUCAUCACUCGUGCUUCAGGCACAAUCAUAGUGAUUUUUGUACUUCUUCUGCGACGAGUAUCGCUUCUUCAAAUGUUCUAGCGUCUGUGACGCCCACUUCAAUUUCACCGAACUUUUCAAGUUCCAUGCUUUUCUCGUCGAGUUCUGCGAGUGCACACUCAUCCUCUCUUCCGAACUCCUUGUUCCUUCCAACGACUUCUUCAUCCCUUCAAACUUCGCCGUCGUUGUCUAUAAAUUCUUCAUUCCUCUCCUCUCCUCCUCCUCCUGUCCUAUCUUUUCUCCUCCUCCCCUUCCUCCCUCUCCGCGCCUACUCUUGCAUCUUCCUCCGCGUCGCAAUCGUCCUCAAUCUUAGGUGGUCAGAAUAA